AUGUUGCAGUCGUGCAACCUCGAUGCCGUUGGCAUAUGCAAUCCAGUUCUGGGCUCCAGGACCAUUGUGCUAUCUGCGAAGCCGCUGCUCCUACCGGACACCGAUACGAUUCAACAGCGUCUGCUGGUGAUCGUUAUGGACUAUUCUUCAUGCGCAUUGCCAGCCACGAUGAACCAGACCGCCAUUCGAACGAUCUUUCUUGGCAACAAUGGCGACGGCAGCGGAGGCGUUGCCCAAAAGUACACGCAGUGUUCACAUGGCAAGUUCAAUCUGAACACCACAGCCUUUAAGGUGAUCACCGUGAGGAGCAACUGCACGGAUGCGGUGUCGAAAUCUUGUUCGUACUGGCGAAUAGCUGACGACGGAGACAUAGGAGCGAGAGCGUUGCUAGGAAAGGAUAAAUAUUACAGCUUCACACAUUUUGCCUACGUCCUUCCAGAGGGCAUGAUAGGCCGAUGUCCAUGGUCCGGCCUGGCACUCUCCCCGGGGCAACAAAUUUGGCUGCAAAGCUCGAGCUAUGGCGUGAAUCGCUGGGCCACAAUCAUGCAGGAAGCUCUACACAACUACGGUCUCUGGCACUCGUGGCAGAAUGGCCAGGAGUAUGAGGACUACUCCACCUUCAUGGGGCGCGGGGAUGUCUGUCUCAAUGCCCCCGAAAUGGCUUACAUGGGCUGGGCCACACCUGCACCAGGCGGCGGCAGCAUCAAUUCGAAUGCAUUGCCAGUUGGCAUGACCCUCACCUUCAAUCUGCCUGCCACUUACCUAACUCCGGAAGGAAACUACCUUCGAGUCAUCCCCGACUGGCUGCCGUCGUACAAUACCAGCACUCAAGCAAAAAACCUGUACAUCGCUCUACGAGCCAGCAAGGGUGCGGACAGCGCGCUAACAUCUUUCUACGCAAGCAAAUUAAAUAUACACGAAGUCAAUGCAAAAAUGGACAGCAACCCGCUGUUCUACAUGUACAUGGAUCGCAGAAUCUCCUUCUUUGCCGCGACCGCACCCCAAACCCGGAUGAACAUCACAAGCUAUAACCUUGUUGUAUAUGCGGGAUCCUGGAUCAAUACGGACAUCUUAAGGGUACAUCUCUGCCGCUUCAUGAGCUCCGCCAAAGAAUGUCCUACUUUGAGAGCAGCCGAGGAGAAGCCGCAGCUACCACCGCCUAACCUGCCUUCCCCCAGGCGCAGUGUUAUGUUGCCGCCCCCUCCCCGUGCUACCACCAACAACACAAUGCCUACCACCGUAGACGUAUCGGGCACACUCAUAUUCAAGCAAUCUCACUCAAAUAUGUCUGAAUGGGUCAUCCGCAAAAGCGACGGCUCCGUAUUACCUAUAGCACGUGGCUAUCAGCCACCGAAGGCGGACAACCUUGGUCAAGUCGUGGUUCCAGGGGCGCUGGUGGUCAUUGUAAGUUACGUGCUGCUUACCCUUGCAUGUGGCCUGUGGAUAGAAACUUAUUAUUACUCUCUAGCUAACAGCUGA